AUGAUUCACGCUUCUUUCUGGCGAUUUCGUCUUCAAGAAAUUCCUUGGCGGCUUCGUAAUCGUUGUUUCCACACUUCUCAAUGUCUACAUACACCGAUUUCUUCUCAAAGGGUUGUUCCAAUUUCAUCGUGCUUGUCCUUUACGACUAGUAAUGAGCAAUCCCUCUUCCAUUAUUUCGAUCGUGUUCUUGAAUUAUGCUUGACGGCUCAGCAAUGCCGGCAAGUUCAUGCCCAAGUACUUGUAUCCGAUUUAAUCUACCGUUCUGGGUCACUAGCUGCGAGUUUCGUAUCGGUUUACUCCCGGUUAGGACUCCUUCUCGAUGCACGUAACGUGUUUGAGACUGUCUCGCUUGUUUUGUGGUCGGAUUUGCUUUUGUGGAACUCGAUUCUGAAAGCUAAUGUGUCUCAUGGACUACACGAGGAUGCGCUUGAGCUAUACGCGGGAAUGCGUCAACGAGGUCUCACAGGGGACGGGUUUAUUAUACCCUUGGUCCUUCGAGCUUGUAGGUACUUGGGACAUUUUGGUUUGUGCAGGGCUUUGCAUAGUCUAGUAAUCCAGAUUGGUUUGCAAGAGAAUCUUCAUGUGGUGAACGAGUUGCUCGCUCUGUAUCCAAAGGCGGGAAGGAUGGGAGAUGCCUACAAUCUGUUCGUUGAAAUGCCUGUUAGAAACCGUAUAUCAUGGAAUGUCAUGAUCUCAGGUUUUUCUCAAGAGUAUGACUGUGAAAGUGCCGUUAAGGUUUUCGAAUGGAUGCAACGUGAAGAGUUUGUACCAGAUGAAGUGACUUGGACUUCACUUUUAUCUUGUCAUUCUCAAUGUGGGAAGCUUGAAGAUGUCAUCAGAUAUUUUGAUGUUAUGAGAAUGACUGGAGAUGCAGUUAGUGGCGAAGCUCUUGCUGUUUUCUUCUCUGUAUGCGCCGAAUUAGGAGCAUUCAGUACUGCGGAGAAAGUUCAUGGGUAUGUUAUAAAAGGUGGGUUUGAAGAGUAUUUGCCCUCGAAGAACGCAUUGACAUACGUCUACGGGAAGCAAGGGAAAGUCAAAGAUGCUGAACAGUUGUUCCGGCAAAUAAGAAACAAAGGUAUAGAGAGUUGGAAUGCUCUGAUAACAUCGUUUGUGGAUGCUGGUAAACUCGACGAGGCUCUCUCGUUAUUUACUGAGCUGGAGGAAAUGAAUGACUUUCGCAACGUCAAGGCUAAUGUAGUUACUUGGACCUCCAUUAUCAAGGGUUGUAACGUGCAAGGAAGAGGAGACGAUUCGCUUGAAUAUUUCCGGCGAAUGCAAUUUUCCAAAGUUUUGUCUAAUUCAGUGACAAUUUGUUGUAUACUAUCCAUUUGUGCGGAGCUUACAGCUUUGAAUCUGGGAAAAGAAAUCCACGGGCAUGUGAUCCGAACCUCAAUGAGCGAGAACAUUCUGGUUCAGAAUGCAUUGGUGAAUAUGUACACAAAAUGUGGGUCACUCAGUGAGGGGAAUCUAGUAUUUGAAGCAAUUAAGGAUAAGGAUUUGAUCUCAUGGAACUCGAUAAUCAAAGGUUAUGGUAUGCAUGGGUUUGGUGAGAGAGCUCUAAGUAUGUUCGAUCGUAUGAUAAAAUCCGGGUUACAUCCUGAUGGGAUUGCUUUGGUAGCUGUUCUUUCAGCCUGUACUCAUGCAGGGUUGGUUGAAAAGGGACGAGAAAUUUUCAAUUCGAUGAGCAAGAAAUUUGGAAUAGAGCCCCAACAAGAGCACUAUGCAUGUAUUGUUGACCUCCUUGGUCGUGUAGGGUUUCUGAAAGAAGCUAGUGAGAUUGUGAAGAGCAUGCCUAUGGAGCCUAAAGCCUGUGUGUUAGGAGCUUUACUUAAUUCUUGUCGGAUGCACAAAAACAUGGACGUCGCAGAGGAUAUAGCGUCACAACUUUUCAGUCUUGAACCAGAGAUGACAGGAAGUUAUAUGUUAUUGUCUAACACUUACUCUGCUAGCGGAAGAUGGGAAGAAUCUGCAAAGGUUAGGGCUUUAGCCAAGAAAAAGGAUCUUAAGAAAGUUUCUGGAAGCAGUUGGAUUGUAUUAAAGAAGAUAGUCUACAAAUUCUCAUCAGGAUCAGCAGUACAGAGCGACUUUGCGAGCAUCUACCCGGUUGUUGAGGAUUUGGUUAGUCAUAUGUGGAAGAAAGGCCCUACACCCCAUGGGACAAAUUGCGAGGAUGAUCUUGACUUAUGGACAGGGUAAGAGAUGAGUGUAUUCCGCAAAGACUGAGA